CUAUAAUCCAUUCAUUUCAAUACCCUACAGUCCUACCCCAUUAUCUCCUACUCCUCCAGACCCUACACCCCACCACAAUGUAUACCAUCACCCGUACCUCCACUGCGGCCGCCAUCACUAUCCUCCUGACCCUUGCAACAACUACCCUCGCCCUUCCAUCUCAAUCCUUAGUACUACGUAAACCUCAGCCCGCAAUGGCCCAAGUCCAAGCAGAAGCCCAAUCCCUCAUCGACGCCAAAGCCGCCUCUGGCUGCGACGUCUUGAAGUGCGUCGUCGCGCUUGCCCCUGCAUCCGUCACCUGUGCCGCUGCGCUCGUCGAGGAGGGCCUGAACCCGAUCGCAGAUGCGGCGUGCUUUGCCACGGCCCUGAACACUGCUGUCAAUCCUGUGAGUGUAUUCUUUGAGCCCCUCGUUUCAUAG